ACAGCAAUUGCAAUGCAAACAUUAAAUAAUAAACGAAAGAAAGAGGUGAUUGUAUUACAGGAUAAAUCUACUAAAACCAAAUUGUUGAGACAGGCCCAUACACGUAAAAAUAAAAAACUUAGACGUGAGCAGAAACAAACCGAGAUGCUUCGUAGCCCAAAUGAUGAUAUUCUUCUAGUAAUCAAUGAUAUUAUCUUUGAUCCAUCUCGGCAUAGAAUCCAAUCUGCCAUCCGAAAAUUGUCUGCUAUUGACAAUAUUUAUUACUUGGAAAGGGAAUGGAGAAGCGUUCCUCUCUGUCCUUCUGAUAGAAUAUCUUCUAAAAAAAUUAGGACCCAAUAUAAUAUAUCGGCUAAAGACUUACUUAUUGAAAUGUUACUGAGAGAGGCAUCUACUAGCAAUAAUUCUAUUGACUUACCCGAAAUUCCUCCAGAUUUUUUAUCUCUAGUUUAUAGUGAUAUUAUUAAGGAAAAGAAUAAU